AUGUCGACCUCUUCUGCGCGCCCCAGCUCCCCCAUCAACUCAGAGAUGACUCACGCCGUUGGAAGCCCAUUCCCCCACUCAGACGAGGAAGUUCUAUCCCUCGACAUCUAUGAUGACUUCAGCUACCGCAUUCGGCGACAGAGACGGGUCGUGUACGUCUGCGUGCUGGACAGAGAGCUUCUCCCCCCUGACUGGGACGAGCAAUGGGAUACCCUCACCGUUCGUCGAGGCCCCUCCGGGAUCGAAUGUACCCCCGACGAGUUUGUCCCGCAUGGCCUGGACCUCGAGCGUCCGGACCUUCCUGUUGCGCCGUUCUACAACCUACUCGAUCUGACCUGGGUGAAUCGGAUCGGCGAAACCCUGUGGGAGGUCGAGUACGGCCAGAAGUCGUGGAUCAUGAAGGUGGCACGCUUCGAUUACGAACUUCGCUUUAUCCAGCCAGAGGUGUCGGUCUAUGCUGCCCUGGCUGCAUCGCGGUUUCCGAUGGCCCCCAAGUUCGUCGGGUUUGUCUACGAGGAGUCCAAGGCUCGCACAAUCGGCUUUCUGCUGGAGAAGCUGGACGGGGUCACGCCGGGCAUCCAGAACCUCGCGGAAUGCCGGGAGACGGUUCAGCUGCUGCAUCGCCAUGGCAUUGUGCAUGGAGCUCUCCUCAAAUACAAUUUCCUCAUCACCGACAAUGGUGCUAUGUUGUUUGACUAUGGGGUUUCGACCGUAGUGGGCGAGGUUGAUCCGGUGGUGGGCGAGCAGGAGCUGACGUCUCUGGAAACCCAGCUCAAGAGCACUUCCACCCUGGGCAGGAAAUAG